CGGAUUGCUUGUAAACACACAUAUUCGUUAUGAAUAUCAAGAAAUAUACUAGAAAUGUUAGUUUUUCACUCAUUGAAACGUAAAUAUUAUCAAUUCAACUAUUCAUAGACGUGCUGAUCUUUAUUUCAAUAUCAAGUGAAAUGUUGACCAUUUAGAUCAAGAUGUCAUCUGGAGCGUCCGAAUCUGAAGAAGAAAUAUCUAUUGAGGAAUCCCUGCUGCUAUGCGCACGGCGCGGUCAGACAAACAUAAUACAUGACAUUUUGCAGAGCAAAAAACAGGGCACAGUCCAACUGAACAUUAACUGUAAAGGCAGUCAGAAAGCCAACAGGGGCUGGACCCCUCUUCAUCUAGCAGCCUAUUUUGGACACACAGACAGUGUCAAACUGUUACUACAAUUUGGUGCGAGGGUAAAUGAAGUGAACAACGUCGGUGAUACAGCAUUACACAAGGCAGUCCUCACAAAUAGACUUGAAGUUGUGCGAACAUUGCUAGCUGGUGCAGCUGAUGUGUCUUUAAUAAAUGCAGAAGGCCAAAAAGCUGGAAACCUGACCACUAAUAAGGAGAUAAUCAGGCUUAUUGAUGCUGCAGAGGAACAUGAUGCCAGCAAAAUGGAGGAGGAGUUUAUGUCAUCAGUGCGAGAGGGCCAUCUGGAUAAAAUACAGGAACUGGUGUCAAGUGGCCGGUUUAGCCGUAUGGACUGUCGGGACAGUUUCGGGAACACAGCCCUGCAUGUGGCAGCCCAAUCGGGACAGAAGGAAGUGGCUGUCUACCUACUGCAGCAAGGCGUUCAUACCAACACCAAGAACAAACAGGGUCAGUUGGCAUCGGAGGUUGCCCGAACCGAGCCUAUGAAACAGCUUCUCCAUGUUCAACCUCGAAAGACAGCUGUUAAAAUGCCUGCACGCUUCGAAGGACUCCUCAUUAAGAAGCGGUUUAUGGGGACAACGCCAGUCUGGGUGGUGCUUGAGAGAGGGGUUCUCUCUUACUUCAAAAAUAGAGGGGAUGCUUCCACUGGUGCUAAACGGAGGGGAAUGAAAUACCUGGACAAUGCAACUCUGAAGACAUCAGAAACAAUUAUCUACGACUUUCUAAUCCAGUACUCUGAUGGGACAUAUCACAGACUGGGGAUUGACCCUGGGGCUUCUAAUGUCAGGGUGGGGCAUGACCCUGUCACUGGCGAGGUCAUUACUAGACAGGUGUGGAUCAAUGCAUUAAAAGAGCACAUAGCAUACAACACCCACUACAUUGACCAGGGUAGACAGAAACAUGUGGAAACCACUGAGAUUGAGCCUUGUAUCACCAUGCAGGAGGCACUCAAGGUAGCCCUGGCUCACAAAGAUGUUUUAGAGCACCAUGUCGGCCAGCUGUCCAAUUUUGUAACCUCAGCCAACAACCUCACACAGAAUAACAAUGUCGACAAGUUGACAGCAGAAUUAGAGAAGACAAUAACGUAUUCCCGUGACAUGUACAACACAUUGUCAAAGUGCCUUAUCAUCUAUAUGCAAGAAGAACAGUACCGAGAAAAAGAACAGCAUGAGUUAAAAGAAAAGAACAGAAUACUGGAAGAAUCAUUACAUGCCCUGGCAAUUGAACAUCAUGAACUGGAGCGUUCAUAUUCUCACAGCGUGCGGGCUAGGUCAUUUUCAUUAGAUGAUGAAGAGUUCUUCGACUGUGAUGACGAUGACAAUAUUGAUAUUCACCUCCCAUUGUCAUUACCCAUGGACAGGCGAUCCAUGGUGUCAGACAUGUCCUACCAGUCUUGCCAAUUUGACCUCAACACAGCCGACAGUGAGAAUAAGCCAGUUAACUACCAAUUGCAGCUUGGUGGAAGGACGGAUCUUCCUGUCCCAAUGUUUGACAGGAACGACUUCAGUAUCUGGAGCAUCUUAAAACAAUGCAUUGGCAAGGAGCUGUCCAAGAUCACUAUGCCUGUUGUGUUCAAUGAGCCACUCACCUUCCUACAGCGAAUCACCGAAUACCUGGAGUACUCAACUCUUCUAGACAUGGCAGCCAAACAGGAUAAUCCUGUUGAUAGACUCAUGUAUGUAUCAGCAUUUGCUGUCUCUGCAAUAUCAUCCAACUGGGACCGGAUAGGAAAACCAUUCAACCCGUUGCUAGGAGAGACAUAUGAACUAGACAGACCAGACUUGGGUUUCCGGCUGGUAUCCGAACAGGUUUGCCACCAUCCGCCAAUCAGUGCCUUCCAUAUUGAAGCAGAGAACUACAAGUUUCAAGGAUCCAUUCUCCCAAAACUCAAGUUCUGGGGAAAAUCAGUAGAAGUUAACCCUAAAGGGACAUUAACUCUAGAAUUUCCAAAGCAUGGUGAGACGUAUACCUGGCAAAAUGUGAACUGCUGUGUUCAUAAUGUCAUCGUGGGGAAGAUAUGGAUCGAACAUACUGGUGUUAUGGAAAUAGUAAAUCACAAGACCAAACACAAGGCUGUGCUAAACUUCAAACAAGGAGGCUGGUUUGGCAAGGAUCUGCACAAGGUGGAGGGAUUCAUUUAUGAUCCAAGCAAGCGAAAGAUGAAAGCCCUGUAUGGCAGCUGGAUCUAUGAUCUGUUUGGUGUGGAUAAUGAUGCCUUUGAGGAUUACAUGAAGAAUAAACCCAGCAGUCCAAAGCAUACCUCCUCUGAAAACGGUGAUUCGUCCGAGGUAGAAGACAACAUCCCCACACACCAUCUGUCUGCCUUUAACCUGAAUAUACCCGGUCAAGUUGCGCUGUGGAGCUAUACACCCAGACCUUCUAAUACUGAUCAGUACUUCAGUUUUACCUAUUUCUCUAUGGCGCUGAACGAGCUAGUGGACGGCAUGCAGGACACGCUCCCCCCGACAGACUCCCGACUAAGGCCAGAUGUACGCAUCCUAGAGCAGGGAAAUAUAGAGGUGGCCGGUGAAGAAAAACACAGGGUUGAGGAAAAACAGAGGUCUGCUCGCAAGGAUCGUAAAAAGCGCAAUGUGGAAUGGAGCCCUUUAUGGUUUCAGUUUGGGAAAAACCAGGUCACUGAGAAAGAAGACUGGAUUUACAACGGAAAAUACUGGGACAGAGAAUGGUCUCAAUGUCCAGACAUCUUUUGACAACAAUGUUCCUAGUCAUCCAAUAUUUUAACUGUACCUCAGGGGUGGGAAGAGCUCUACCAAGGAAGUAACAGAGCAGAACUUUAUGCCCUAAAUGAGAGUGGGUUAGUGGGUUAUAGAAGCUUAUCUGUCACUAGUAGCAGCACUACUAUGCCAAAUGGUGUAUCUGGUUUUAGGUGCAAGUUAAGGUGUAAUAAUUCGCACCUACACAGUACUCUACUUUGUCGAAGGGAGAAAUCAUGUUUUAUAGGAAGUGCUCCUCUUUUUAUAGUAAAGAUAAAAUUCAUGUGUUCUUAACUCCUAUUAUUAUGCAAAUUGAUUGUUUUUGUAGACAGUAUCAUAUAGAUUGCAUGUUAGUUCAUGCUUACUGUGAUAAUUUUGUUGUGAUGUAGGAGUGAAAUAAGUUAACAUUGGAGUCAUUUGUGUAAAAACCUAAUAUAAUCUUAUAGUAUGUUAAUAUUAAAUCAAUAUUGUACAUUUCGAGUAAUGAUAGAACAUUAUUGUAGUCUGAGUUUUUUGUUAAACUAUUAAUGAAAUAAAAACAUCCACCAGGGUUAAAACACAUUCAAUAAGCUGACCUGAAUCUAGGUUUUGUUGAAACAAUCCAAUAUAUCUUGUGGUUUAAUUUCAGUAAUUUUCCCUUUUCAUACUUUUUGCAAUACUUCUUCUAAUGACACUAAUAUUUAGUCCAUUUUUAUCUGUGCAAGCAAAAACAUAAUUCUGUGAAACUCUCAGACCUUGCAAAAAAGAUCAGCUUCAGUUUGCCUAAAAAAACACAUGAAAUAAAAACAUACACAGUUUAUUAUUAUCACACAUUCCAAAAAUGUUAGCAGAGAUAUGGUGUGAAUAGAUGUUGUGUGAUAAUUAUCAGCAGUUAUGAUAAAUACAUGUUGUUACAUUUAAACACUGUUAAUCCGAAAUUGUCAGGACCCAGAUAAAAAUUUCAAAAUAGCGAUAUUUGGGAUUAAAAUUUUUAGAAAUUUACUGUGUUCGCAAAAUAUAGAUGUCGUAAAAUAUUAAGUCGUGAAUAUUGCAAUGACAGUUACAUGUUACCAACAUGUUAUAUUUGGUUUUGAGUGAUUGUUCAGUGUACAUGUUUGUUGAAUUAUUGUUUAAUAAAUGACACUGAACUAUUAUAAUUAAUUUCUUGAUUAAAACAACAUUUAAAACAAAAUGACAGCACAUGUAUGCAUUUGGAACAUAGCACAGUUAAAACAAAGUAUGCUUAAAUAGCACUGAAACUACACGUAGUUAAUCAGUAUUGUUCGGUUUAUUUUUUAAAGAUUGAUGUGAUGUCUCCCUGCACUUUGUUGAUUCCGAUGAUGUGUUUCUUAGUCACCUAUCCUUGAAUUAUGUUAAUGAAGUUGUAAAAUUCAGUGCUAUCUGUCUGCUGCUCAUAAUAUUGUUUCAUUCCGGUGAUGGACAUGUUCUCAAUGUCAUUCUUUAACGAGCGCUAAUUGUGCAUCAUUAUCACCUCAACUGAUACCCAAGUGCUAUCGCAGUAUGGUGUGAAAAAAUAUUGAGAUGAUCAAAUUGGAAAUAAGGAUUGAUAAAUAGGUGUGAAUACUAAAUCGGGACCUUAAGUUUUACUUCGAAAUAGUGAUUAUUUGAAAUAGUGAUUUCGGAUUAUUGAUUAAAAAUUUAGUUAAACAAAGAAGAAAUAAAAUCGGGACCAAAAAAAAUAAUUUUGAAAUAGCGCUAAUUUCUGAUUAACGUUGUUGUGGGAAUAGUUUAAAUGUAUUUAAAAAUGUUGAUUUGUUUAAAUUUCACUUGAUUGUAUUGAAACUUGAACAGUAUAUAUAAACCUUAUAGUGUUUAGAAUGAUUUAAUCUUUAUUGAUAUUAUUUUGUUAUUAUACCAGAGGUGUUUCACUGAAUGACAUAAUUAUAAAAUGUAUAUAACAUGUUAAACUGAUUAAGUCAUAGCUCAACUUUGUUAAGCUUUAUUAUUGUUUUGUUAUUGUGUUAUAUUGUUUGUGUGUAAGAAAAUUAUCUUUGAAUGUAUUGUUUUCAUGAGUAUGGUAUUCUUCUCAUGCAAUAAAUUAUCUGAUUUAUAAAUUUACUUGAGAGCCCUCAAAAGGGCUUCUAAAAAGCCAGUUUUGCUUCUGCUGCAGGGUGCUUCUACCUCUUCGAGCCCCACAAGGGGCCUAAAGCGCUCCCAAAACCCAUCGUCAAAAUUGUUUCAGUCGUUCAGCUGCCGGGUGAAUCACAUCCCUGUAUAUGAAUUAGUUGAUGUCGCUGUGAUGUCAGGGAUUACACUCGAUUGGUACAUUCUUACUAAUCUUAAUAUUUCUGGUAUUAAAAUGAUGUGCAAUCUAUAGGCAAAUAAUGGGGAAGUAUUUAUUACAGUAUCUACACCAAUUUGUUGUUCGCCUAUUAUAGUUAAGUGUUUCUGAGGGAUAGCCAGUAAUCUGUGUUCUUUUCUGUACCUUUUUUCAUGAUUCUGAUUGUACUGUAUUUAGUUUUGCAUUAAGUAGUGGGUAUAAGGACAGUGUACCUGGUACAAGUCAUUAUAAUGUAUUUGUUCUGUUCCAUAAAAAAAACAGAGGUUACUGAGCUACAUAAAUUGUUUUCAAAAGAGGGUUACCCGGUAAAUAUGAAACAUUGAGAUCAUUACAACAUACAUCUUCUUUUCAGGGGCCCAAUCAAGAUUUUAGUCAGUCUUAGGUGUAAAUGGAAACUAUGGUAGUAGUGUCAUAAUUUUGUUGAAUUUGCUCAAUAUUUCUGUUAAUUAUAUUUAAGGCUAAAAUUAAAAUUUAACAAGCUUGCCAUCAUUUGUGAUUUAUCCACUAGUGAUGGUGCGAUGAACGAUUAUAGUUGAAUAACCGGCGAUGACACAAACUCACCCACCAUCGGUGAUAAUCAAUUUUCAUCAAACUUUAUUGUUAUACUUAAAAAAACUUGUAAAAUGUCACUUCUUCAGUCUUGACAUCAUAUAUUCAAAUAAGUGCUAUGAAUGCAUAAAGAAAUGGCUCAUUAUUUUAAUUUUCUCUUUUGUAAUUCAAUAUCUUAUGCCAGUUAUUAUAUGAUAUUUAAAUUAUCCAUUAUGGAAUUUGUCCGAUAUCCAAUACUAAUCCUUAUAGAAAUGGGCCCCUGGUUACAAAAUGUAUUAUAGAUGAGUAAAAUGAGAAUGAUAAUUGCUUGGGUUUUAUCUUUGAUUUAUAGAAUUGAAUUGAAACAAUUGAAUAUGCUGCAAUCUUUAACAUGCCUGAACAUUUAUGUGAUAGCAUUUGCAUUUAAGUGUAGAAUUCUUGUUACUGGUCAUGUGAUUCACAUGCACUACUGCAGGGAUGAUAAAAUUCCGGAUUAAUCCGGAAUUCCGGAUUUAAGGCCUCACGGAUCGAUUUUGAGAUUAAUGUAAAUCCGUUGAGUUUUUUUCUAGGGGGGAGGGGUACUGGGAGCGAAUCGAGCUCAGUUCGAACAUAUUGUACGAAAGGUGAGUUUUCCGGAAGUGUAAAGCCGGAAAUUAACGAACCUAUUUACGUCUUGGCAAUCGAGCUAUAUGAUUGGUUAAGAUAGCAUCCGGUGAUUACGGAAAUUACCGAUGGGACUAGAAGACAGUAUCCGGAUGGUCGUAUCCGGAUAUAACAGACGACGAAGACGAAUAAACGGGUAUUGGAAAAAAACGACCACCACCAACUUCUAAAAACAUCGAUUCGUCGAUUUAAAGGGUAUAUUUGGCAUUUAUUUUUAAGAAAAAUUCCCGAAACGUUUCUUUUUAAGUUAAUAGAAAGUGAUUAAACUAAUAAUGAAUUUUGCGCAUCUAGCAUCAUUUCGGACAUCCCGAUUCGGAUUGUGUCAUAAUAAUCGAUUUUUACUUUACAAAUUUGAAUUGGCCGAUUGAAGUUUACGCUGUAAACCGUUUCUUUAUUAUUCUCAUAAUGUUUGAAGCAUUGUUCUCAAUAAGAAGUGGCUUUUGACCAGUAUGGGAGGUUCAAAUGAAAGUUGGUUUAGAGUAAAUUUAAAAAAAAAGAAUAAAUAUUUUGUAGUAGUAACACAUAUUACGUAGAGGCAGCCAUUUUAUUUUCUAUUUGAGACAGUUCAACAAAACUUCUUGAGGACCCAGUUUGAGUGAGAUUUAAAUUCUAUAGUUGUAAUUUGUAUUUCCAGGUAUGUUGAUGGUUACAAAAGUCGGGGAUGAACAAACACCUCAGCCAGUGCAUCCAGUUGUUCCUGUCAGUGACUGACAAUUCAAUCCAGAGGCCAUGAUACUUGGAUUUAUGACUGAACAUGCUCCCUGGCACCACAGUAGUGUGUCUUACUUAAGACACUUGCCAAAGAUACAAAAGCUCUCAGCGAAUUAAAACUUCAAAGGUGUACAGCAUCAUACAAGAUGACUUACGUAGUGGCUAGCCAUUUCAAUGAUGAACAUGUGGAGGAGUUAAUGGAUCUCGGUUUGUUUCAACUAAGACAAGUCAACAAACACAAUGAGAAAACUGUUGCAGCUAUUUUUCUGCUAUAGAGAAAGAAAUAGUGUUGAGGCAUUUGGCCUCCUUAAAAAUCACAAGGGCUGAUUCUGAAUCAAUUUUCAUAGAAUUUGAAAGCCAGUUUGAGAGACUUGGAACUGCCGUGGGACAAUCUAGUUUGUGUGCUACUGGACUCAUGUAACACCAUGAGGGGAAAGAAUCUGGCUUAGGGACCAGAAUACGUCAAAGUCCACCAUGUCCACAACAACUACGCUGCCAAAGCAUUUAAGUCCCGUUUGGAUAUUACUUGGAAUAAUAUAUAUAAUAAUUAAUAACAUUAUAUUCUCAUCAAAUGUGCAGAAAAUGGAAUACAUACUCUUAAUACGAUACCUAAAAAUUGAAUAAUUAACAAUUUUACAAUUAACAUUUGCAAGCAUGAUAAUCGAUAUGUAAUCGAUAUGUUGUUCAUUAUUAUAAAUCAAACAUCCCAUAGUGUAGACUGUUCAUACACAGGCAUUUGAUCAUAGCCAGUUGAGUUUUAUGGGAAGUGGACAACUGAACCAAAAUGUCAGGUACAUGUCUAAUGCCUAGGUAAAAAAAAGUAAAUUUAACUUUGUUUAAAGACAAAGGUGUUAAACUUCACUCCUAAGAUUCCUGAUUAUUGUUCUGAUUGUGGAUGUCUCGUGUUGAAUAUAAUUAUAUCUACCAAACCGAAAGGUGUACUCCUUGAACACUAUUCUAAGGCAAAAAAGGGUAUUAGAAUCCCUGAAAUACGGAAAGCUUCGGGGGGCUUCGCCCCCCUUGUCCCCCCACCAGGGCUUUGCCCUGAACCCAUCGGGGGCCUUCAGCGGCCCCCUGAACCCCACCCAGAAAUUUUCAGGAUUGGCAACUUAGCUCUGUUAUCAUCCCUGCUACUGACAUUUGGGUACAAUUCUGAAUGAGAUCUAUCUGCAUUAGAUAGGCCACCAGUCCUAGAGCAUUAGAUUGGCCACCAGUCCUAGAGUGUCACAUACAAUAGUGUUUAGUAAUAAAAAAUAAAUUCAAAAAGUUCUACCAGAUUCACCAACUGUAUUCAUCCAACCAAUGACCACCAAUAGCACUAACCACCACUUUCCAAUGUUUUAUCUUCUCCAGGUCAGUGUAAUGCACCCAUCCAUAAUUUACUCCGGCACUUGUUCACCACUUUAUGUUUUAGAUAAACUCAUAAUUGUUAUAGAAUUGAAGAAUGAUUGAUGGUGAAGGUAUUGUCAUUAUAUUAAGCGUUGCUGUCAGCAGCAUUUGUGUGUAAGGCAAAAGCUACAACUUCUGCCAUAGCUGAAAAUCUGUGAACACUAUUAUCAGUGCCAAUGCAAAUGUGUAGCAAGGCCCAUAAUCAGGUUAAAAUGGUGUUGAAUUAUUAACCAACUGAUAAAAAAACAGACAAACGUUUGAAUCUGAUAUUAGAGAUCUUGUGUUGUAUUUCUACUUCAAUAUGUGAAUGAUUUAGAUGUUUUUGCGUAAUUUAUAGAAAGCUGUUGACAAUAAUUAGUCUUGAAUUUGUUGUCAAGUGCAUAUAGCAUAUAAGCGCAAUUUAUAUAUAUUUAUAAGUAUAUAGAAUUAUAUCUUCAAUUAAAAAUUUGUAAUUAAUGUAUGUUGUUGUUUUUAACUGGUUUUCUUUUCAGUUAAAACAAAAUUGUUCAUUGAUGAUUGUUCUCACAUUGAUUUUUCUGUAUAGAAUGUCACCAUAGUCAUUUUUUAGUCUACAUGUAUGUAUAUUUACAAUUCUGUGUUAACAUUCUUGUACAGAGGAAGAAGAUUACUAUAUUAUGAUUAAAUAUUAUACCAUGUUGUUUUCACACCAUUUUGUUAUGGAUUGAGUGCCACAUUAUUAAGUAGAAAAUAAAGAAAUUGAAUACUGAA